UGACUUCAUUUUACCUAACUAACAGUUAAAUAAUAUACGGUAUACUGCUGCACUGCAAAGACUUUUUUGCGGAUUGAGUAGUCUGCUUACAUGACGUAUGCCAAUCGAGGUUAGACUGGAGUGUUCUCAGCGUGAAUUUCAAUAAAAAACUUCCAUCUAACUCUGCUAUUUGUUUAUUGCUUGAGUCCUAUAAUCCACCUUACCGAUGUCUGGAAUUGCCCCCUCUAGAUUGUCAGAAGAAAGAAAGGCAUGGAGAAAAGACCACCCUUUUGGUUUCGUGGCAAGACCAGUGAAGAAUCCAGAUGGAACAUUCAAUUUGAUGACAUGGGAUUGUGCAAUUCCUGGAAAGGCUGGGACUGCGUGGGAAGGUGGUUUAUACAAGCUGAAAAUUAUAUUCAAAGAUGAUUAUCCUUCUUCACCACCUAAAUGCAAGUUUGAACCUCCCUUGUUCCACCCCAAUGUUUAUCCAUCUGGUACUGUUUGUCUUUCUAUUCUGGAUGAAGAAAAGGAUUGGAGACCUGCUAUCACCAUUAAACAGAUAUUACUUGGCAUCCAAGAUCUGCUGACUGAGCCAAAUAUAAACGACCCAGCACAAGCUGAAGCUUAUUCAGCAUACAGUCAUAACCCGCAGGAAUAUGAGAAAAAAGUUCGGAGUCAAGCAAAGAGAUUUCAAAAGGAUUGCAUAUAAUAUGAAUUACCUCUCCUGCAAUACCGUGAACUGUCACAUAGUAGUCAGAAAAUUAUCGUCAAUACGGACUUGAAUUACCAGCAUGGUUACUAAAAAUUCCUGAUAUAAAAUAUUUGCAGCCCUUCUGCUUAAGGCAUAUUUUUUGUGCUAGUUUUAUAUGUAUAUUAUUGUAAGUGACUGCAUCAAAUUUGGGACGAAGAUGCUAUGACUUGUAUUACAAGGAGUUGAUGGCCGGUAUAUUGACUCCCAUGUAUGUACAUGGACUGGGCCACGGAAACGCAACCGCUCAGGUGUGCACAUGGAUUAAUUAUCAUAACAGUUUUUGUUAAUACAUUUUGUACAUCAUUGUGUAUCGAACCUUGGGAACAAAAUUUUUCAGACUAGCUGGUUUCAUUGCAUUACUGUUCCCUGAUCGUAUUAAUUUGAAUUGCAUCAAGUCUCACAUCAAUCAACUUAGCCUGAUUCAUAACAUAAUU